AGGAUUUGGAGGAAGGGAGAGAGACAGAGAGAGAGAGAUGGGAAGAGAAAGAGAAGGGGAGGGGAGGCAGCAUCUGCUUGCUGCAGAGCCUUUCAUUGAUAAAGUAGCACCGGAGUGAGCCAGAGGACUGCAGCUGGACUCAUCACACACACGCUUCAUCAUGCUUUCAUUCACGCACUUCCCGAGACUUCCUCUGUGCACUCACCCACAGUGCACCUCAAGUCUUUGCACCAGUGAGGACGCACACGCUCACCCACUAAUCACACAGUGACAUGCUCUUUAUUUAACAACACCAUCGCCUCAGACUUGCUUCUGUUCUCUGCAUCCUAUUUUUGGGAAUGUAAGCUUAGCCCAGAGAGGGACACUUGUAACUGGGAGUUGUUGGUGUUGGUGGUGCAUCUGAUCUGGGACCGGGCUUCGGAGGAGUCUCCGGACAACAACAAAUAAAAAAAGACAGGCUGCAGCGGGAUCAGCAGAAACCAGCCAGCGGAACUGCAUAAAGUCUGCCCGUCAUCCUGGGAUCUACAGAAGCAAGCGGUGUGCCGGUGUCGGCCAUGAAGCUGGUGAAUGGGGGAGGAGGAGGAGGCGGAGGAGGAGGAGGAGGGGGAAGCAGUGGCGUGGGAGGUGGAGGUGGGGGAGAGAAAACUGCCUUCUCCUUUAAGAAGUGCUCUGCCUUCCAGUUUGUCAAGAGAAAGGUACGGAGAUGGAUGAGGAACCCGAAAGUGAGCGUGGAGAAAGCUCAGGGGAAAGGCCUCCUUUACUCCUGUCCAAAGUGUCCGCUGGCUGAGGACCUGUGGUACAGCCACUUCCCAUCACCCUAUGGCUGCUGUCAUUAUGCAGGACUGCAGGGUGGCCUGUAUUACCACCAGGAGCCCUGCUCACCUUGUCCUGCAAAUGGACAAACGAGUGGCCAUGAAAAAAGCAAGGGCUGCAAGGUUAGGAAGUGGAAAAUGCUGGCUCGCCAUCAUGGUGACAGUACAGGCAAGCAGAAGGAAGCAGAGCCCGACCUCCACCUGUGUGGCUGCUCAUCCUGGGGGAUUCACGCCUCACCCCUCUUGGCCAGCCCCGUCAUGCUGGAGUGCUCUAUCUGCAGCGGGCCUUACAUCAGCUACGCCCUAGAGGACACCUGGCAGCCACGCCAACGUACACAGGCAAUGGACCUGUACUACCACAAUGAGUCAGACCCAGACAGCUACUGUUGCCCUGGUGACAACACUUUUAUGAAACAAAGGAGGAUGGGUCUGAACGACUUCAUUCAGAGGCUUGCCACAAACUCCUACGCCUGCAAGCAUUCCGAGGUUCAGUCCAUCCUGAACUUGAGUCCUCCUCAGGAUCCUGAGCUCAUGAACACAAACCCCUCUCCUCCUCCCAGUCCAUCCCAACAGAUCAACCUCGGCCCAUCAUCCAAUCCUUCGGCCAAGCCCAGCGACUUCCACUUCCUCAAGGUUAUCGGCAAGGGCAGCUUCGGAAAGGUUUUGCUUGCACGCCAUCGCACGGAUGACAACUUCUACGCUGUCAAAGUCUUACAGAAGAAGGCCAUUCUCAAGAAGAAGGAGGAAAAACACAUCAUGUCAGAGAGGAAUGUGCUGUUGAAGAAUGUCAAGCACCCGUUCUUGGUGGGCCUGCACUAUUCUUUCCAAACAGCGGACAAACUGUACUUCGUCUUGGACUACAUCAAUGGCGGAGAGUUGUUCUACCACCUGCAGAGAGAGCGCUGCUUCCUCGAGCCCAGAGCCAGGUUCUAUGCAGCAGAGAUCGCCAGCGCACUGGGAUACCUGCACUCACUAAACAUUGUCUACAGAGACCUGAAACCAGAGAACAUCCUGCUGGACUCCCAGGGACACAUCAUUCUCACAGAUUUUGGACUCUGCAAGGAGAACAUUGAACCCAACGGGACAACAUCGACUUUCUGCGGUACUCCAGAGUAUUUGGCUCCUGAGGUGUUGCACAAGCAGCCGUAUGACAGGACAGUAGACUGGUGGUGUUUAGGAGCUGUUCUCUAUGAGAUGCUGUAUGGCCUGCCUCCGUUCUACAGCCGCAACACAGCGGAGAUGUACGACAACAUCCUGAACAAGCCACUGCAGCUGAAACCCAACAUUUCCAACUCGGCUAGACACCUGCUGGAGGGCCUGCUGCAAAAAGACCGGACAAAGAGACUGGGCUGCUCCGACGACUUCAUUGAAAUUAAGAACCACAUAUUCUUUACCCCCAUCAACUGGGAUGACCUCAAUGCAAAGAAGAUCACCCCUCCCUUCAACCCUAAUGUGACGGGGCCCAAUGACCUGCGGCACUUUGAUCCGGAGUUCACAGACGAGCCGGUACCCAGCUCCAUCGGUUGCUCCCCAGACAGUGCACUCGUCACAGCCAGCAUCAAAGAGGCGGCCGAGGCCUUUGUGGGCUUCUCUUAUGCCCCAUCUAUGGACUCCUACCUAUAGGAUUUAAACACAGGCACUUAUCAUAGACACUAGUUUAGACUUAUCGGGCAUGAAACGAGGCAUGCCCGUGGACUUGCAUCGUGACCCCACUCAAUGUUUACCAUCAGAAUGAUGGACAUCUCCGAAACCCAACCCCACGACAACUCUGCAUCUACAAAGACGUUAAACAUGUGUACUUUGCCACAUCCUCUGCAACUCUUGAAUGCUUGCCACAAGAGGAUGCCCAGUUGGAGUUCUGAUCCUCAAGCUUCACUACCUGCAGUCCCCUUUCAGCCUUCAGUUGUCCAUCUAUUUCCUGAUAGUGGAGGUCGUUUGCACACAGGACUCAGGCAGCUUAAAAGCUCCCCUUGAUCCCGACGCCACGAGUGACAAGCACACGUCCAAGCUCCCACCUUUUUUUUUCAAAGAGAGGAAGGCCGGACCAAGCCCGGAGAAGAUUUCCAUUUUCAUCUCUAGCGAAAAAACCUUCCCUCUUGAGAUUUCUGCUACCACCUGUGAGGACCUUACCUUUUGAGCGCGAAUGAGUAGCUUGGAGAUGACAUUCAUUUUGGUGCUUUAGUUUCUUUUCAUGUACUUUCCGUGUGUUUUGAAAAGGGAGUUAUUUAAAAACCGAAUGUUACAGAGAGACAGAUGGGGUAAUUUAAGUUUUCUACAAGGUGCCUUUAUAUUUUUUUUCUCUCCAUCAGAACUUACAUCAUUUGAGUUUGACUGUGUCGACACUAACAUCAGAGUUUUAUCCGCUCUGCACCUGAUUUUUUGUUUUGUUUUGUUGAAGUCACUAAGGAGGAAAGAUGUAGCACUAAGUUAAUCCAAUUCUUCUGUCUUUAACAUGUGACAUGUAAGAACUCGAAUGAUGUUUCACGUCUUCUUUUGCACAUAAAACAACAAUGCUGAUCGAGAGAUGGAAAGAGAGCGCACUGCUGCUGCUAGGUGGGGACAAGAGGGAUGUGUUGUGCAAUGUUUUGGGGAGAGCUGCUCGCUGACCGCAUUCCCCCUCAUUCCUCCAGUCUUCCACCCGCCACGCAGUAAUGUUAACGGUGGCCUGCGGACGGGCUGACAACACUUAAACUGAACAUUCCAUUUUAAUAUUGCUGUAAUGCAGUUUGACGGUAUUUAA